UCAGACUAGUGCAUGAUUGCAAAUUUCAUGUUGUUCAUUGAAUGUUGAGGAUUGUGGUUAUUUUUGUAAUAAAAUUGCUACCUGAAAUUGUGAGGAAAAAUUUUUAAAGAUGGGAAAGGGAUUUAAUAAUUACAUGUGUAAAAAGUUUUUUCAUCCGGCGUCACGAGACAAUUUGAAGCGAGUAUGGAUGGCGGAACAACAAGCAGAGGCUUACAAGAAGAAGCAGGAGGAGCUGCGAGUGCAGUAUGAGAAGGAGCAAGAUCUUCAUAAUAACAAAGCGCUACUCAGCAAAGAAAGUAAGGAUAAACUUAGUGUCAAUUUUAUGUAUGAACCACCUCCUGGAGCAAAGAAAGAACGGGAGAAGGAAGACAAUGAGCCUGAAUACAAGUUUGAAUGGCAGCGGAAAUACAAUGCUCCAAGAGAGAGCUACUGCAAAGGGGAUAGCGAAAUUCGAGAUCAACCCUUUGGUAUACAAGUGAGGAAUGUACGGUGUAUCAAAUGUCAUAAAUGGGGACAUAUAAAUACAGAUAAGGAAUGCCCAUUGUACAGUCAAGCAAUGAGCGUUGUAAUGGCAAAUAAUUCGCAGACGCCAUCUGCCCCAGACACUAUGACUCUCGUGCAACAAAUGCGAGAGGAUGGUCUAGCUCUGAAAAAAUCUGCAUUGGAUGCACAACAACAUUUACGAGUUCCAGAACAUGAACAUCUUAUGGUCUCUGAAGACGAGGAACAAUCAGAAUUGUUAUUUCUAAAAUCUCUGUCAAAGAAAGAAAAAAAAAGAUUAUUAUUGAAAUUACAGCUUUUAGAAAGAAAAAAACGUAAAAAAGAAAAAAGAAGAUUGAAAAAAAUAAAAAGCAGUAAUAAAAAGCAUAGUAGUAAUAGCAGUAAUAGCAGCAGCAGCAGCAGCAGCAGUAGCAGCAGUAGCAGCAGCAGCAGUAGUAGUGGUGGUAGUAGUAGUAGUAGUGGUAGUAGUAGUGAUAGUGAUAGUAGUAGUAGUAGCAAAAGCAGCAACAUUGAUUCGGAAAAUUUCCAUUCCAAGAAGGACAAAAAAAGAAGGAAAAAAGCUGACUUUAAAGAACAGAGCAUUUACAAGAUUUACAAACAUAAAAGGAAACGAAAUUGUGACAAGCACAAUUACAUGUAUAAGAAGAUGAAUGACCAUGCUAAACAUGAUAAAAAUAAGGAGCGUCAUAAUAGAAAAAGAAAGAUUAAAUAUAGAAAUAAGGAUAGAACCCAUUCAAAACACAAUAAAAUACAUAGAAAGUAUCAUAAUUAAUCACUUUAACGAUACUCGUUAACUGAUGUAUCAUUUAUGAAAUUAAUAAUAAAAA